AUGAAAACAGGAGUGAUGUGCUAUGUUGCGGCCCCAGCGCUCCCAGUUCCGCCCCGGGUCAUGGACCACACACCGGACCCGUUCUCUGGGCCGGGCGGGCUGCAAAGCCUCGGCUUCUCCGUCAACGCGUCGGCGGCCAACAGCAGCUCGGCGGGGGCCUUCAGCCUGUCGCCAGUUCUGGACAAAGUGGUCAACACGCUGCUCAUCGUGGUCCUCUUCAUCACAAUGGUCUCACUGGGAUGCACCAUGGAGGUGUCGAAGAUCAAGGAACACAUUACAAAACCUAAAGGGGUGGCCAUCGCCGUUCUUUCCCAGUAUGGCAUUAUGCCUCUCACCGCCUUUUGCUUGGCCAAGGGGUUCCAGCUGCCUGAGAUCUCGGCCGUGGUCAUUCUGAUUUGUGGCUGCUGUCCCGGAGGGGCUCUGUCCAACAUCCUGGCUCUGGCCCUGCAGGGGGACAUGAACCUCAGCAUCGUGAUGACGUCGUGCUCCACGCUGCUGGCCCUGGGCAUGAUGCCUCUCCUCCUCUACCUCUACUGCCAGGGCUUCUCGGGCCUGCAGAGCGCCGUGCCGUACGUGGACAUCGUCCUGUCGCUGGUCAUGAUCCUGGUGCCCUGUGGCGCCGGCAUCCUGCUCAACCACUACCGCCCGCAGCACUCCAGGCUCAUCACCAAGGUAGGCCUCACCAUAAUGAUGCUCUCCGUUGUGGUGAUCGGCGUGAUAGCCUGCGUGGAGGUGGGAGGCUCCAUCCUCACGGUGUUGUCUCCUCCCCUGAUGGCCAUCGGCGCCCUGAUGCCGUUCAUUGGCUACAGCUUCGGUUACAUCAUCUCCUCGCUCUUCGGGCUCAAACAGUCGGAGCGGAGGACCGUCGCCAUGGAAACAGGCUGCCAGAACAUCCAGCUGUGCUCCACCAUACUGAAGAUAGCCUUCCCCCCCGCGGUGAUCGGGCCCAUGUUCCUGUUCCCGCUGGUCUACGUGUCCUUCCAGCUGACGGAGGCGGCGGCGCUCAUCCUGCUGUUCAGGGGAGUCCAAAGGCUCCGGAGAAAAGGGAAAGAGCCGUACCAGCCAGUGACUGCAGAGGAGAAGCUGAAGGAGCUCUCUGAAGGCACUGUGUGA